CGAAAAAUGGCAGAUUUCUGUUUCCUCGAUAGUUAGUCGUAUUGAGAGGUUUUAGUUAGGUGUAAACCGUUCUGUUGGGGGGUAUCAACGUUUAGAAGUCUGCGCAAUGAAGUGUUUCGUGUUGGCUGGCAUUUUUCUCAUCAGUUACCAUAUCUCGGCGGGACUUUUGGUUAAACAGUACAACUGUGAUAAUUACAUUCUUUCUUGGUGCCAACUUCACAAUGUUACGGUGAAAUCUGAUCAGGACCUUUACUCGGUAACGUUUCCAAAAGUGCAGCAAAUCGGAUUUCUCAACGGCUCGAUUCCACAUUUUUCGCAUCUCAUGAAUUUGAGUUUGUUCAAAGCUGGAGUGCUGAAACUUUUCGCUCGUGGGACUAUGAUCAAUCGACUAACCCUACCCAACACAAUCGAGCAGCUGUACUUUCGUGACAACGGAAUAUAUAUCGUGGACAUCGAUCCGAAAGCUUCCUAUAGCAUUAAAUAUUUAAGAAUACAUCUAAACAAGCUCAGGGACGUGUCCAACUUUAAGCAGCUGCGAAACCUCGUUGAACUGAACCUCUGCGACAAUCUAAUCGAGCAGGUGUCAUUCGACACCUUUGCUGAAAUGCCUCAUCUCAAACAGCUGCUGCUCUGUGGGAACCGAAUCAAAACUAUUGUCGCAACAAUGGAUAUACACCUACCGUACCUUUACCACCUGGAUCUAUCCAGUAACUUUCUGUUCAACCAAACCUCGCUCAGUCGAUGGCAGUUUCCCCGUUUAGGCAAUUUUUCUCUUCGCGACAAUUUACUAACCAGCCUCGACGUUCGAAUCAUCGCACAACGGUUUCGCGCACUUCAAAUUCUAGACAUCGAGCUCAAUUCAUUAGAUUGUGACACGUACCGGCAGCUGUUGGAGUUAGUUCAGCAGCGAAAAAUCAUCUACAACGUCGAUAAGCGAAUUUGCAUCGGUACUCCCACGGUGGUGACACGAUCUGUAACCGGAGGCGAGCAUGACAACGAAUUUGUUAGCGAUGAUUCCCGUCAGCAGCAAGAGAUUAGACAGCUGAAAGAACGAAUUUAUCAGCAGGUGAAAAUCAUCAACAACCAGCGCACAGAAAUCGAUCAACUGAGGGCCAAUUUGAGCACGCUGAUGGAACAGUUUGAUCUUGUGGCGGGCCCAGCGCGGGCCAAUGAUCCGUUUUAAGUAUGCAAA